GUAAAAAAAAAAAGAGAGAGAGAGAGAAGAGAGAGAGAGAAAACUCAUGGAUACCUUCUCAAUGUUGGACUCCGUGGAGCGAACCAGCUGUACAAUUAGGUUUCUAUUAGGGGUCGCUAGCGCGUAGUUGAAGCUGGAAUCAUGCGGUCUAUUUGAUUCAAUGAAGGGUUUUGAUGCAGGUUUAGAGGACAAAACACUAUCACCACUCACUGAUGGUGGUCCGGACGACUCAGGAGAUGACGAUGAACUUACUGCAACAAAAGUACCAAAAUGUGGUCGCCGGGGACCGGCUAACUUCCAGCGAAGUGGGAAUGACACAGAGAGUGGAGAAGUGGGGAUGGAAGCGAAGAGAGCCAUGGCAGACAGAAGCAGAAAAAGAAAAAGUAGUGAGCUUGAUCUCAAAGCGAAAGAGAAAGAGAAUGAUGAGCGGAGAAGGGAAGGUUGUUUGCGUUACUGGAGCGUCGGGCUUCAUAGCAUCGUGGAUUGUAAAGCUUCUCCUCCAACGUGGCUACAUCGUCAAAGCCACUGUUCGUGACCCAGGGUUUAAAGGUAAAAGCAAUCUUGAGUUUUAAUGGAGAUAAAAGAAAGAUUUUUUUUUUUUUUUUUAAUGUUAUAGUUUGGGAUAGAGGAAAUGGAUAUUAGAUCGCAUUAUCAUGGUUCGAAUUUUAGUAUCAAUAAAGGUAUUGACUAUUG